GUAAAGCAAUGAGUGAGGAUUUAUCCUUUCAUGAAAACAAAAAUUUACUUACCUUUUGAAACAGGCGAUUCAAAAUAUUCUUAAUCAAAUCACUAUCAAAACUUACUAAAAGUACAAAGUUUGAAUAAAAUUGAUUUACCUUUGGAAAACUAAUGCACUAAGAAGUGAAAUUGUAAAAACAUAGUCAAAGGUUUUUAAUGAAAUAAUUUGUCUGGAUACUAGAAAAGAGUAUUUUGAAGUAGUGUUGCCUCUGGAUUCAAAGCAGAACGAAAUAUCUCUUCAUAUUAGGAAUAUCAAUACCUAAGCUCUUCAAACCAAAAGUAGUUUCUAGCUUGAGGUUGAGUUUGAACGCUCGUUCUUUGAUCAUUCAUUCUGUGAUUUUGUAAGUUGCGUGCUGGAUCCAGUAUAUUAUUUACUUUAAAUAAAAGAUGCCAGUUGCUGAUGAAGUCAAAUCAAGUUGGGCAGAUGAAGUAGAGGAAGUUGUAGAAGACAUACCCCAGUCUAAUGAAGUAUUUGAAAAUGGAUUUAAAAUAGUAACAGAAUAUAGGAGGAAUGAAGAUGAUAAAAAGGAGAAAAUUGUUCGAACUUACAAAAUUGAGAAACGAUGUGUAUCAAAACCAAUUGCAUUGCGCAAAACAUGGGCGAAAUAUGGAGUUGCUGCUGGAGACAAACCUGGUCCGAAUCCUGCUAACACAGUUGUAGGAGAAGAUGUCUUUAUGCAAUUUAUUACUUCGAAAGAAGAACAAGAUAAGCCUGAUGAGGAUGUGCUUGAUAAGCUUAAAAGCAUGGCUGACAAAACCGUCAAGUGUCGUACUUGUAAUGGUGAUCACUGGACCUUAAAAUGUCCCUUCAAGGACACAGGUUAUAUUCCAAACAAGGCUCCUGCCACUCCUGCUACUGAAGAGAAAAGGCCUACACAGGUUGAAGACAAAACCAAAAGUAAGUACAUUGCUCCUGGCCUUAGGGAAGGUGGUGGAAAAAGGGGAGAAACCAUGUCCCGCCGCCAUGAUGACAGUUCUGCAGCUGCUAUUAGAGUUUCUAAUUUGUCAGAAUCAACACAGGAAGCAGAUUUGGAGGAGUUAGUGAAACCUUUUGGAGAUUACAACAAACUCUUCUUAGCUAAGGACAAAUCCACUGGCCUUUGUAAAGGUUUUGCCUACAUACAUUUCAAAUCACGGUCUGCCGCUGCAGCUGCUAUUGCCACAUUGAAUGGGCAUGGUUAUGACCAUCUUAUUCUUAAUGCUGAUUGGUCUAAACCACAGCAUAAUAAUUAAAAUUACGUUUGAUGUUUUUAUAAAAAUUAAUUAAACCUUGUAAUAUAAAAUUAAUAUACUGAUCGAAUAUAUAUUUUUUUCUUUUAUCUAAAACUUUGAUGAUUUUGUUACACUUUAUAAGAUUUGUCAGUGGUGGUUAAUUGGUAUAAAUCAGGAGUUCUUAAAUUCUUUAUUGUGUGUUCCUGCUAUCUUGUCAUUUCAUAGACAAAAAAUAAUUAUCUGUUAAUUGAUGUAAUAAUAGAGGAAUAAAUUUAAUUUGAAUCUUUUUAAAAAUAUCUUUUAUUUAAAAAGUAAAAGAGAAAUUUUUUGGUAUACAAUUGUAGUUAUUACAACAAACACAAUUUUAAAAAUGCUUCCAUGGUUCUGGGUUUCUUCCAUGUCCACAAAGCGAAUUCACAUCGUAGUUAAGAACUCCUGAUUUAAGUAACUAUGAAAUACAAUAGGUUUGAGUAUUUCUCCUGUAUAAUACGAGACAAAGCAGAUUACUUUAUUUCUUAAUGUUUUACCCGAUACAGUUACUUAUAAAAGUAUUCAAAGUUAAAUGAAAUUACAUCGACUUUAUAUGUGAUGCUAAAAAAAUUAGCAAUAACUAAACCAUUGGCUUUAUUAUUUAUAAAAUUGGAGGACUAUCAUGUUUUUGAACUAUUUAUAGCAUAUUUACAUAAUGUAAGUAAAUCCAACAGAAAGAAAUGUUAUAAUCUAUUUGUUUUGAUAGUUGCAAUUAUUUCAUUUCACAUUCCAGUAUUUUACUUUUUUAAUUCUGAAAUUUAGUUAAAGAUAAUAUUUGUGUAGUUAAAGAUUAUUUUCAUUUAUUGAAUUUACUGAUUAAAAUUACUGUCAGUUAUUAUUGAACUAUACAUUUUGAUUUUAAUACAUUCUGAAAUGUAGGUAUUAUUUUUUUUCAAUUUGUGAUUACCUCAGCAUUCAUAUCAUAUUUUUUUCUUCAAAAACUUCUAUUUAUGAGCAGUUCCAUUCAAUAAAAUGUUGAAUGAAUCUAAAGAACUAAUAAAUUUUUUUACUGAUAUAAUUUUUUCAAUAUUUGAAGAGAUAAUUUUUGGAGAAACAUUAGUCGAACAUAGAAAUAAUCAUAACUUGGGACCCGAUUUUCUUGUAUUUUCUUAUCUUUUUCCAAGCCCUAUAUACCUUUCUUUGACAGUUUAUUUUAAAUUUCAUAUAAUUUACAAACAAACUAAGCUUUUUUAUUUUACAUAUUUGGAG